CAUAUUCUCUAUUGGGCAUCUUCGAUAUCCAUAUCCCUCUCAUCUACGGAGAAGGACGUAAGAAGGCGCUGAAAAGGCUUCACAGAGAGAUCAGAGAGUCUCUAAAGGAUAGUUCGCCCACCCGGCCACCAGCGGCCUUCUCUGAGCAUGAAAACGCACCAAAACGUGAAAAAGGCCCUUCCACCUCUGACCCUGCGAUAGAGAAAGGCACGGACAUACGCGAUGAUGCUGAGGGUUUGGGGAGGAACAUGCAGAUGAUCGAUCUCGAAUCGCGUGUAAAAGUUCUCCUAGGCGAAAACCGCCAACUCCAGGAAGCGAAGAUACGUGCAGAAGAGUUGCUGCACAAUGCUACCUACCAAAAAGAGGAGGGCUUUGAAGCACGUGACCGCGCUGAAAUUGAACGCCUACAGCAUGAAUUAGAUGCUGCAAAAGAGCAAAACAGGGCGUUUCAGAGGCAAAUCCUCGCGCCCAAACCGGGUGACAGCUUCCUUACGGUACGCGACGAGGACUAUUUCGAGAGUGCCUGCCAGCAGCUCUGUUUUAGUGUGCAGCAAUGGGUACUACGUUUCUCAAAGAUGUCUGACACAAGGCCCUGCCGGUUGACCGCCGAAAUUCAAGACGAAAAGCUUGUGGAUCGAUUGGACAAUGCUAUCCUUGAUGGCUCGGAUGUAGACGUGCUGCUCGCUGAUCGUGUGAAACGACGAGACGUCUUCAUGUCCAUCGUGACCACCAUGAUCUGGGAAUAUGUCUUCACAAGAUUCCUGUUUGGUAUGGAUAGGGAACAAAGGCAAAAGUUGAAGUCAUUGGAGAAGACCUUGCGAGAAACGGCACCUGCCCACGCCGUUGCGCAGUGGCGUGCGAUCACGCUUACUUUUCUAGCCAAGCGCGGGGCUUUUCAAGAGCAGUGCGAUCAAGACACUAAAGCCUUGGUGCACGCCAUCUAUUUUAAUUUAUCGACCCUCCUACCACCACCGUCAGCGCACGCAGCCCAACUUCAGGAAUCUCUCCGGUAUAUGCUCCAGCAGGCAAUCUCUCUAUCCAUCGAGAUGCGCACGCAAAGAGCAGAGUACACGAUGCUCCCGCCACUUCAACCUGAGUAUGAUGCCAACGGAGAUCUGGUCAAGAAAGUCUUGUUCAACGCAAGUCUUAUGAAUGAAAGGUCCGGGGAAACGGGCUCCAACGAGAAGCUGGAACAGGAAGGAGCGGUGGUUAGGAUUGUCCUCUUCCCACUUGUUGUAAAGCAAGGCGAUGACUACGGCGAGGGCAUGGAACAGAUAGUGGUCUGCCCAGCGCAAGUGCUGGCUGCGAAACCAAAUCGAUUCAGUCCGAAGAUCGAGAUUUACACCUGACGAUAAGUAAGUGGACUUUCGGGGGCUGCGCUUAAUGAUUUGGCAGUUUUCACGCAAAUACUUACUUUUUUGCAACUUAUCAAUCAAUAACUCGUGCAAUGUACGGCUGGACAGGUGCUUAGCCAGAAUUAGUGCAUCCACACUGCUUUCAGCUACGCACCUGUACGUGUACACGUACAACCUCGCAUUUCAAUCAAUUCCUUCAUCCAAUCUCAUUCUAUUUAGCCAGUUCCUCAAUCCAAUCCAAUAGCUUAAAUUAACCGACUCCAAGAAACCCAGAUCUUGCGCCGAGAAACCACCAGACCUGGGUAGGGGAUUAAAGUAGCCCUUGUAGGAGAGGUUUCUCGAUCCUAAGACUUCGAGUUGGAGUAGCCACCUCACCCACUU